UGUUAUCGGUGCCAACUGUCAUAUCUAAGAAAGCGUAAGACGAAAAGAAGACGCCGCAGAAAUUCGGUGAUAAAAGAUUGGAAUUGCACGCGAUCCGAACGAGCUAGAGCGAAUCCGAAAUGGGCAAGGAAAAGGCGGCCGCGUCUUACAGCAUUGGCGACCUGGUGUUUGCCAAGGUGAAGGGCUAUCCGCCGUGGCCGGCCAAAAUCACCAAGAGCAACAACAACAAGAAAUACAAUGUUUACUUCUACGGCACGGGCGAAACGGCCAACAUAAAAGUGGAGGAUCUGUUCCCGUACGCGAACAACAAGGAGCGCUUCGCUACCGAGAAGAUCAUGAAGCGGGCCAAGUUCAUCGAGGCCAUCGACCAGAUCGAGAGCGCCCUGCGCGGCGAGGACUCGGCGCCCAUCGAUUUGCUUGGCGGCGGCGCGGAGCCAGUUGCUCCGCCCGCAUCUGGCGAUGUCGUCAAGACGGAGCAGCUAAAAGAACCGGAGGCACCCACUGCUCCACCUGUCGCGCCAGCGGCCGAAAAGCCCAAAAAGGGCGGCAACCGUAAGACCAAGGCACCACCGCGCCAUGUGGACGGCGACAGUGAAGCAGGCGCUGAAGCCGCCUCCACGGAAGUGGCUUCUCCUCCCGCCAAGCGGAGGGUUCCCACCGAGGGUCUGGCUACUGCCACAGCCACCACCGCUGCAAGUUCUGCUGCGGCACCCACAUCCAGCAAGAAAUCAGUUAAGAAAUCGAAGCCCACGGCUGCAGUUACUCCAAUUCAGAAACGUUCACGACCCGCCAAUAACAUCCGUAACGAGAUGCUCAUGGUGUACAUGCCCACAGCCAAAUGCUUGGGAAUCGACAUAAAUUACAAUAAGCCGGAAGCAUUCGAGAACGCUGCUGCCGAGGAAGCCUGGAUGGAGAACGCCCGCAAAGAAGCCAUGGAGCUCAAACUAAAACUGGAAAGCGGGCAAAUCGAACCAGAGUCCAUGCCCGAGAGGAUCGUGAUAGAACCAACGCGCAGCGAGAUACCAAAGCAGGAGGCUUUGCGAUUCAUCGAAGAGCUCAUUGAGCACGAGGAUGCCCUCUUCAUGGAACGAGACUUCAUCCAACUAUCCCAGCAGCUGCGCGAGUGUUUGGGUCUGCGACGCGCCAAUGUGGGCAAAUGCCUGGAGAUCCUCGAGCAGUUUAAGGAGGUGGAGCUCACCAAGUUGAUGCUGCUGCGCAAUCCGGAGUGCGUUGACAUAAUGCGACGACUGCGCCGAUAUGUGGGCAAUUUGGAACUCUGGAAAAUGGACUUGUCCGACGAGUUGGAGUUCAAGGAGAGGGCGCAAACCAUUCGCAAAGUGUCCUCUGGCAUAUACGAUGGCUUCAAAAGCCUCUUCAAUCCGGAGCCUGAUAGCGAGGACAACUUUUGGAUCGACUUCUGCGAAAAGGUAAAAAUCUACAAGACCUACACGAAAAAUAUCAACGAAAACCUUCGCGUCGGAAUGAACGACCGCGGCUACAACAACCUGGUUCUUGCCAAGGAGGCCGCCACUUUAGCCGAAUCGGCUCCACAGUAAAAUGUUUGACGGCCAUCUGUGCUACACCAACUGUAUGAUAAGUUACUCCUAAGCGUUACAAGCCAGGCAACUUUAAGACCGUGUUCUGGAUGACGAAGUUUUGAUGAGCCGAGUGUGCUAUUGCUUAAUUUCUAGGAUAUUAAUUCAAUAAAAUUCCUCACAGAACGUUACAUCUGUUUGCCUGCCAGGUGCAUAUUGUGCAGCGCUCGGGAUGGGAGUGUUUCGGUCGCAUCCGCUUAUUAUUACCACCAGACUUAAAAAGCUUUUCAGCUUCGGACCCCUAAAUAUUAACUAAGUUUGUAGAUGUUUUGAAUAAUAAUGAAUUAAAUAUAGAUGGU